UUUAUCAAACAACGAAGCAACGGUCACACUGCAAGCCAAUUUGGAAAAUUUGAGCGAAAAUUGUUGGUAAAAAGGGUGUUUGUGUAUUGAAAAGCCUCAGAAUUGGUGUGAAAAUGACGUCGCUGGACCCGGCGCCGAACAAAACGUGGGAGCUGUCGCUGUAUGAGCUGCAGCGUAAGCCCCAGGAGGUGAUCACGGACAGCACGGAGAUCGCGGUGUCCCCGCGAAGCCUCCACAGCGAGCUGAUGUGUCCCAUCUGCCUGGACAUGCUGAAGAAGACGAUGACGACGAAGGAAUGCCUGCACCGCUUCUGCUCCGACUGCAUCGUCACCGCCCUGCGGUCAGGCAACAAGGAGUGCCCCACGUGCAGGAAGAAACUGGUCUCCAAGCGCUCGCUGCGCGCCGAUCCCAACUUCGACCUGCUCAUAUCGAAGAUAUACCCCAGUCGCGAGGAGUACGAGGCCAUCCAGGAGAAGGUGAUGGCCAAGUUUAACCAGACGCAGUCGCAGCAGGCGCUGGUCAACUCCAUUAACGAGGGCAUCAAGCUACAGUCGCAGAACCGGCCACAAAGAUUCCGCACCAAGGGUGGUGGGGGUGGAGGCAAUGGUAAUAGUGCCCCUACCAGUGGCAGUGUGGCGGCUCCUCCUGGUCCUGGUGCUCCCGCUGCUGUGGCCCGCAAUGCCUCCAAUCAGAUGCAUGUCCAUGACACAGCCUCCAAUGAUAGCAACAGCAAUACCAACAGCAUCGAUCGCGAGAACCGGGAUCCGGGUCAUUCGGGCACUUCGGCGGCCUCGGCAAUUACGAGCGCCUCCAAUGCGGCGCCCUCCUCAUCGGCCAAUUCGGGCGCCAGCACUUCCGCCACCAGAAUGCAGGUGGAUGACGCUUCCAAUCCGCCAUCGAUGCGGAGCACACCCUCGCCGGUGCCCUCCAACUCGAGCAGUUCGAAGCCGAAGCGCGCCAUGUCGGUGUUGACUUCGGAGCGGUCCGAGGAGUCCGAGUCCGACUCGCAAAUGGACUGUCGCACUGAGGGCGACUCCAACAUCGACACCGAGGGCGAGGGCAAUGGCGAGCUGGGCAUCAACGAUGAAAUUGAGUUGGUGUUUAAGCCCCAUCCCACAGAGAUGUCCGCGGAUAACCAGCUAAUACGGGCGCUAAAGGAGAAUUGUGUGCGCUACAUCAAGACCACAGCCAAUGCCACCGUCGAUCAUCUCAGCAAGUAUCUGGCCAUGCGGCUCACUCUCGAUCUGGGCGCUGAUCUACCGGAGGCCUGUCGCCUGCUCAACUUUUGCAUCUACGUAGCUCCCCAGCCACAGCAACUGGUCAUCCUGAAUGGCAACCAGACGUUGCAUCAGGUCAACGAUAAGUUCUGGAAGGUAAACAAGCCGAUGGAAAUGUAUUAUUCGUGGAAGAAAACCUAAGCAGAACGAACGGAAAUUAGUAUUAGGUCGUUUAUUUCAGAACUGGAAAUAUCUCUAUAGCUGUAUUGCUUAACAAGUAUAUAAUCAUUCAUUCUAAAACAAAAUAUAUAUGAUUGUAAGUAAUAA